UCGUGAUCCGGGCCGCUGCUGCUGGGCCGGACCCCCCGGGCUCAGCCCGGCCCCUCGCCGAGCCGCCGCCGCCUCCCCGUUUGCUGAGGAGGAGGCCCCCGGCCGGGGCGCCGGGCGCCGGGCAUAAAACGGGCCAGAGCCGGCGCCGGGGCACUAGAGCCGCGUACGGCCCGGGUCAGCGCCCGUCCGCCCGCGCUCCUCCCGGCCGCUCCUCCCGCCCCGCCCGGCUCGGCAGCGACUCAGGCUGCCCGACGAGCCCCUCGCAGCACUGCCCGGGCCCUGGCCCCGGCCCCCUCCCGCCGUACCGCCCCCGGCCCGGCCCUCCUCCCACCUCCCUCCUCCCUCUCCUGCUCCCUCCUCCCUCCCGCCUCCCCAGCUGUCCCGUUCGCGUCAUGCCGAGCCUCCCGGCCCCGCCGGCCCCGCUGUUGCUCCUUGGGCUGCUGUUGCUCGGCUCUCGGCCGGCUCUCGGCGCCGGCCCCGAGCCCCUUGCGUUGCCCAUCCGGCCGGAGAAGGAGCCGCUGCCCAUUCGGGGGGCGACAGGCUGCUCCUUCGGCGGGAAGGUCUAUGCCUUGGACGAGACGUGGCACCCGGACCUGGGGGAGCCCUUUGGGGUGAUGCGCUGCGUGCUGUGCGCCUGCGAGGCACCUCAGUGGGGUCGCCGCGCUAGGGGCCCUGGCAGGGUCAGCUGCAAGAACAUCAAACCCAACUGCCCAACCCUGGCCUGUGGGCAGCCGCGCCAGCUGCCAGGGCACUGCUGCCAGACCUGCCCCCAGGAGCGCAGCGGUCCCGAGAGGCAGCCGACCGGCCCGGCCUUCGAGUACCCGCGGGACCCGGAGCACCGCAGCUACAGCGACCGUGGGGAGCCAGGCGCUGAAGAUCGGGCACGUGGGGACGGCCACACAGACUUCGUGGCGCUGCUGACAGGGCCGAGGUCGCAGGCCGUAGCUCGGGCGCGAGUGUCGCUGCUACGUUCUAGCCUGCGUUUCUCCAUCUCCUACCAGCGGCUGGACCGCCCUACCCGAAUCCGCUUCUCAGAUUCCACUGGCAGUGUCCUGUUUGAACACCCUGCAGCCCUCACCCAAGAUGGCCUGGUCUGUGGGGUGUGGCGGGCAGUCCCUCGGUUGUCUUUGAGGCUCCUUAGGGCAGAACAGCUGCAUGUGGCACUGAUGACACCCACUCACCCUUCUGGGGAAGUCUGGGGGCCUCUCCUCCGGCACCGGGCCCUGGCUGCAGAGACCUUCAGUGCCAUCCUGACCCUGGAAGGCCACCCACAGCAGGGUGCAGGGGGCAUCACCCUGCUCACUCUCAGUGACACAGAGGACUCCUUGCACUUUUUGCUGCUCUUCCGCGGGCUGAUGGAAUCUAGGAGUGGGGGACCAGUUCAGGUUCCCUUGCAGCUACAGAUUCUACACCAGGGGCAGCUAUUGCGAGAGCUCCAGGCCAACACCUCAGCCCAGGAACCAGGCUUCGCUGAGGUGUUGCCUAACCUGACAGCCCAGGAAAUGGACUGGCUUGUGCUGGGGGAGCUGCAGAUGGCCCUGGAGAGGGCAGGUGGGCCAGGGCUGCGCAUCAGUGGACACAUUACUGCCAGGCAGAGCUGCGAUGUCCUGCAAAGUGUCCUUUGUGGGGCUGAUGCCCUGAUGCCAGUUCAGACAGGUGCAGCAGGUUCAGCCAGCCUUACACUGCUAGGAAAUGGCUCCCUGAUCUACCAGGUGCAAGUGGUAGGUACAGGCAGUGAGGUGGUAGCCAUGACGCUGGAGACCAAGCCUCAGCGGAAGAACCAGCGUACAGUCCUGUGCCAUAUGGCUGGACUCCAGCUGGGAGGACACAUGGCCGUGGGUGUCUGCCCUGGACUGGGUGCCCGAGGGGCUCAUAUGCUGCUGCAGAAUGAGCUGUUCCUGAAUGUGGGCACGAAGGACUUCCCUGAUGGAGAGCUGCGGGGGCACGUGGCCGCCCUGCCCUACAGCGGGCACAGUGCCCGCCAUGAUUAUCCAGCACUACCUGUGCCCCUGGCAGGAGCCCUGGUGUUGCCCCCUGUGCAGAGCCAGGCAGCAGGGCAUGCCUGGCUCUCUCUGGAUACCCACUGUCACCUGCAUUAUGAAGUGCAGCUGGCUGGGCUAGGUGGCUCAGAACAGGGCACCGUCACUGCUCACCUCCUUGGGCCCCCUGGGAUGCCAGGUCCCCGGCGGUUGCUGAAGGGAUUCUAUGGCCCAGAGGCCCAGGGUGUGGUGAAGGACCUGGAGCCUGAGCUCCUGCGGCACCUGGCGCAGGGCACUGCCUCUCUGCUGAUCACCACCAAGGGCAGCCCCCGAGGGGAGCUGCGAGGGCAGGUGCACAUUGCCAACCAAUGCGAGGUGGGCGGCCUGCGCCUGGCUGGGACAGGGGCAGAAGGGAUGCGGGCACCUGGGGCUCCAGAUGCAGUGGCCGUGCUGCCCAGGCUGCCCGCUGUGCUUGGCCCAGACUCCCCUGCGCUAGCCAAAUCCGGCUCUGGGCGGCCCCUAGACUCCAACACCUGCUUCUUCGAGGGGCAGCAGCGCCCCCAUGGGGCUCGCUGGGCACCCAACUAUGACCCACUCUGCUCGCUCUGCACCUGCCAGAGACGCACUGUGAUUUGUGACCCUGUGGUGUGCCCGCCAUCCAGCUGCUUGAGCCCGGUGCAGGCACCAGACCAGUGCUGCCCUGUGUGCCCAGAGAAACAAGAUGUCAGAGGCCUGCCCGGGAUGCCAAGAAGCAGGGACCCUGGAGAGGGCUGCUAUUUUGAUGGUGACCGGAGCUGGCGGGCAGCGGGUACCCAGUGGCACCCUGUCGUUCCCCCAUUUGGCUUAAUUAAGUGUGCUGUCUGCACCUGCAAGGGGGGCACUGGAGAGGUGCACUGUGAGAAGGUGCAGUGUCCCCGGCUGGCCUGCGCCCAGCCUGUCCGCGCCAGCCCCACUGAUUGCUGCAAACAGUGUCCAGUGGGUUCAGGAGCUGACUCCCAAAUGGGGGACCCCAUGCAGGCCGAUGGGCCCCGGGGCUGCCGUUUUGCAGGGCAGUGGUUCCCAGAAAGCCAGAGCUGGCACCCCUCGGUGCCCCCGUUUGGAGAGAUGAGCUGUAUCACCUGCAGAUGUGGGGCAGGGGUGCCCCACUGUGAGCGGGAUGACUGCUCACUGCUGCUGUCGUGCGGUCCAGGGAAGGAGAAUCGCUGCUGCUCCCACUGCAUACCCCGGCGGUCAGCCCCAGAGACCAGGACAGCCCCAGAGCUGGAGAAAGAAGCUGGAGGCUCCUAGGGAGCUGCCCAAAGCCUGCAUGGCUGAGAGGAGGGGGCCGGGCUGAGGGAAGAAGUGGGUGCCCAGGAACCCUGCAUUCGCCUAUGGGAAACUCAGUGCCUUUGGCUCCUCUCUGCUGCCUCUUCUCCCUCCCCCCACUACCUCUGGGAACCACAGCUCCACAACGGGAAGGGGCAGUCAGGGCAGACCAAGGCCAUGACACUACAACUCAUGCCCUGUUCCUUCUGGCCUCUGCUUUGGAAGCCCAGCCCCUUUCUUUCUGUACAUAAUGUCACCGGCGCGUUGGGAUUUUUAAUUUAUCCUCACUCAGCACCAAGGGUCCUCCCCCCCCACUUCUCUCCUGCUGCCCCUGAGCUGAGCAGAGUCAUUAUUGGAGAUUUUUGUAUUUAUUAAAACAUUUUUUUCAGUC